CAACAUUCCAAAACCUAAUAAACCAAAACAUGAAGAUUUUAAUCGCAAUUCUCAUCGCAGCCUUCAUUGCCACUGUCUAUUCCGAAAAAGGUGCAAAGAAGCAAAGCAACUCUGACUUCCGACAAAUGGUCAAAGAAGCUUCAGAUUUCAUCAACAGUUUCAAUGGAACUGCUCAAGAAUUCGAGUCAAUUGUCAAGUCUGAGUGCUCAAAUGGUGCUGAUUUUACACCAGCACAAGCUGAAAGAUAUAUAACAGCAGUUUGCAAGAAGGUCAAUAAGAAGUCAAUAUUUACUUGCAGUGACUUUAGAACUAUUGUUUCUCAAUGUUGAGUGAGGCUUGGAUUGCUGCAGGAAUUUUCUAUUUUUGAUGAAGUAUUUUGUCAGUAAUUUAUGUG